AUGCCCGGAUUGCAUAUAGCAAACGGGGCUGAACCCACAGACUCACUACCCGCGUUUGUAUUCGAUAUCGACGGUGUGUUUAUAAGGGGCGAGAAGUUGAUCCCAGGAGCUCGCGAAACUAUUCGGUUACUGCAGAGACGCAAAGAUCCUUUCAUCUUCCUAACGAAUGGCGGCGGACAUACGGAACAAAGCCGAGUUGAGAAAUUGGGCCAACGGCUGGGCCUCACUCUCGAUGUGGAACAGUUCGUACAGUCGCAUACUCCUUACUACGAUCUCGUGCCUGAGUAUGGCGACAAGACAGUUCUGGUCCUUGGAGCCCAGGGCGAUCAGAUUCGGGAUCUAGCCCACAAAUACGGCUUCAAAAAGGUCCUCACGUCAUCUGAUAUCAUGGCCGAACGUCCACUCAUCCACCCGUUCCCGGAGAUGACUAAAGAUCAUCACGAAAAGUACGGGCACUUACAGAUCAUCACCGAUCUUCUGCUAUCGCGCGGCGGCUUCAUCGGCACGAAAUCGCCUAAAAACGGUGAUACUUCUCUCCCUAACAACGGGUACCAGCAGGACGACCAGCCCAAGCUCUUCUUCUGCAAUCCGGAUUUCCAAUGGAGCACCGAGUACCCCGACCCGCGGCUCGCGCAAGGCGCCGCGCUGGCGGCGCUCAAGGGCCUCUGGGACGAGAUAACGGGCGGGAAAGGCGACCUGCUGUACUCGAUCAUCGGCAAGCCGACGGAGCCCACAUACGUCUAUGCGGAGAAGGUGCUGCAGGAGUACGGCAAGAAGUUGCAUCCCUCCCUCGAGAUCGGCACCGUGUACAUGAUCGGCGAUAACCCGCGGAGCGAUAUCGCCGGCGCGAACGACUUCGAGUCCCGGUGCGGGUAUAAGUGGAAGAGCGUGCUUGUUGAGACGGGCAUCUAUGUCCCUGGCUCGGUGCCCGCGUAUCAGCCCGAUCACACGGCAAAGGAUGUCAAGGAAGCGGUGCAGUGGGUACUGCGGAAGGAGAAGCUUGCUAAUGGAGCUGAGUAG